GUUUGAAUAUACACACAAGAAACAGACGGGCGGAGCGGGCCAGUAUGGCAAAGUUAUGGGCGUUCUUGAGCCCCUGGAUCCGGAGGACUACACAAAAUUAGAGUUUGAAGACAGAACCGUUGGCACAAAUAUUCCAAAACAGUUCGUGCCCGCUAUUGAAAAGGGAUUCCGAGAAGCGUGUGAAAAAGGCCUAGUGUCAGGGCACAGGAUAUCUGGAGUGCGGUUCGUCCUAGAUGAUGGUGCACAUCACAUGGUGGACUCUAACGAAAUCUCUUUCAUCAGAGCAGGAGAAGGAGCCCUUAAGCAAGCUAUGGAAAACGCCACUGUGCGUAUACUUGAACCCAUUAUGGCGGUGGAGGUGAUGGCACCCACUGAAUUCCAAGGAGCAGUGAUAGCUGGAAUUAAUCGCCGUCACGGAGUGAUCACAGGACAAGACGGCACAGAGGGUUACUUUACUCUCUAUGCUGAGGUGCCACUGAAUGAUAUGUUUGGAUAUGCCACUGAGCUGAGGUCUUGCACAGAGGGAAAGGGUGAAUAUACAAUGGAAUACUGUAAAUACCAACCGUGUUCGCCCAGCACUCAAGAAGAAAUAAUUAACAAAUACCUUGAAGCAACAGGGCGACUUCCUGCAAAAAAGGGCAAAGCCAAGAGCUGACUUUUUUCCUCUUGAGUGAACGGUUUUUCACAAUCUUCUCUGAAAACUGAAUUGCCCAAGCAAUAGAAGCAGUCGAGGCUGGCUGGAUAAGUGCGGGCUGCAGUGGGACUCGGGCUCGUAAUUUCGUCAUAAUAUCCUUCCUUUGUGGUAUUCUCAGAAGCCACCGGGAGAUGACAACGGAAUUGUUCACAUGUAAAUGCUGCUCAUUCACAAAAUAUAUAAAUGUUAUAA